GAGCGGGGGUUUUCCGGCCCCCAGCAGAGGGGAAGCGCCCGGCCAGAGCGAGCGGCGGUGGCGGCGGGACCGGUAGGCGGGAGGGAGGCCGGCGGCGUCGCUGCUACCAUGACGUUCAAGCGGAGCCGGGACCGCUUCUACAGCACCCGCUGCUGCGGCUGCUGCCAUGUGCGGACCGGCACCAUCAUCCUGGGCACCUGGUACAUGGUGGUGAAUUUGCUGAUGGGCAUCUUGUUGACUGUGGAAGUGACUCAUCCGAACAUAGUGCCAACUGUUGAUAUCCAGUAUGAAGUCAUCGGGAACUACUAUGCUUCCGAGAGAAUGGCUGAAAAUGCCUGCGUUCUAUUUGCCAUCUCCCUCCUCAUGUUCACAAUCAGUGCAAUGAUGGUGUACGGUGCAAUUGCUCAUCGUGUAGGCUGGCUGAUCCCGUUCUUCUGUUACCAGCUCUUUGACUUUGUGCUCAGCUGUCUGGUUGCAAUCAGUUCUCUAACCUACUUGCCCAGAAUCAAGGAUUACCUGGAUCAGUUGCCGGAUUUCCCUUACAAAGAUGACCUCCUUUCACUGGAUUCCAGCUGUCUUUUGUUUAUUGUUCUGGUAUUCUUUGCUUUAUUUAUCAUUCUAAAGGCGUAUCUAAUCAAUUGUGUAUGGAACUGUUAUAAAUACAUCAGCAACAGAAAUUUGCCGGAGAUAGCUGUGUACCCUGCAUUUGAAGCUCCUCCACAGUAUGUUCUGCCAACCUAUGAAAUGGCAGUGAAGAUGCCUGAGAAGGAACCUCCACCUCCCUACAUACCUGCCUGAAGCAACUCUUAUGUUAAUUAACAUCUGUACCAGCUUCUUGGGGGUUUUGUCUUUUAAUCUUGCAAAACUGCUUAAGUAAUAGAAAUAUUCAGGGCUUUAGGAGCAAACUGUUCUGUUUAAAAUGUUUGAUAUAAACUUACUAAGCAAAACAUCUGGGAGUGAUUUUGUUAGCUUUAAUUUUUGUUCUCCUUAAUGCUCUUAAACAUUUUAUUGCCUGAGGGCUUUAUACUGCAAGAACUUAUUCAUGUGACUAACUUGUGGCUUUUAAUAUCAACUGAGCCAAUAUAUGAUUAAAGUUAGCUACAAAUAUAAGUGUCUGCAGGAUCGUGCCCUUAAUUUAUAUUAAUUUUUUUGUAAAGUAGUUCAUAAAGACAAUCUGAUUGUGCAGCAAAAUGACAGUUUGCCUUUAUCCAGUUCUUGGGGGGGAAGGGGUUUGAAUGUGGUAUAUACGUGAAUUUUUUUACUUUGCACUUUUCUCAUAUGUUAUCUUACCUUCCUGUGUUGUUUUUUGUUGUUUAUCCCAUGUCCUGAAACAUAGUAUUUUCAGGAAGAAGCGAGGUUGGCACAGGAGUUGUAUUACAAUGUGCUGUGAGUGCAAGAAAAAUAAAUAGAAAUGUAGAUGAUGGUUGCAUGCUUCUAAUCUUUAUAUGUAUUUUCUUCUUUGUGAUAAAUGAUACUUAAAUAAAUCUUUUACGAAAUGUUUACCAGUA